GUUCCGGCGCCGCGCCGAGGCACGCGCCUCUCCUCCGGCGGAGGGCGGGAGCAGUCGCGCCCCGAGGAGCACGGCGGGACGGCACCGAGGCGGGCGGAGCCAGACCGCAGAGGUGGGAGGGCGCGAGGAGGAGGAGGAGGAGGAGGAGGAGGGAGGAGGACCAGGGGACGGCCAGGGCGGGAGACCCACGGGAGGGAGGGGCACGAGGAGUCAGCCGCGGACGGAAGGGGCCCCCGUUGGCGAAGGACGAGGGCGAGGAAAGCGAGGGCCGCAGACACGGGGAGAGGAAGCCCAGGGCGCAGCACGACGCUGGUCGCGCGGCGCCAGACAGGGGGAGUUGCGAAGCGGCGGCACGCCGAGCAAUGAGUGCACGGGAACGCCGGCGCCUCCAGUCGCCUGCAGGGCACCCGGAGCGUUGGCCUCAAGCACGCUGCCGCUCGGGCCCAUACUGCGCAUGGUCGUUAUGGCACUCGACUCCUACGACCUUCCCAGAGCGCUCGCAGAACUAGCCCCAUACAGACCUAAUUAUCUACGCGUAGACCCAGCUCGGUUGACUGCAUACGACCGAAGCCGGUAGUAAAACUCAAGAGGGUCUGGUGAUGUUUCUCCCCCAGCCCCUUCUAGAGGUCAGGGCCAGGCGUAGCGACUCGAGGACGACAUGGGGCCGAACUCGUGC